AUGUUGUCGCCAGGAAAUCUGGAUGAAAUUAAGGAACGGAUCAACAAAAAUGAAGAAAUCGAAAUCGUCAUGUUUAAAUUUUUUAAACCGCUCAAACCGCUGCGAUUUUCCAAGAGCAUGAUCACCGGAGUAAAAUGGACAAUAAGCAAUGCGGAAGCGCACAAGUUUAGAGAGAUGCAAGAGGAGGAAUCACUACGGCGGGCCAAGGUAUGUAGUUUUGAUGAAGCGCGCAAAAAGCAGUUGGUUGAGCUGCAGGCAAAGGGUGAGGCACUAUGCCGAGAGAAGGCCAAGUUGCAACACCAGAUCGAGCAUGUAACGUGGCACCUUGAGGGAUGUCGUCGGCGGCGACCCUGCUUGGCACGGCUGCCAGAGAACUGCCCACUAAAGGGGAACGCACCGAGCUGUCUGCCACAUUCACCGGAAAAGUUGAAAAUUAUGGCUAACAUGAAGAGCACUGCCGAUCACCUUGUGCGAAGUAUCAUGGAUUUGAGAAAGAAAAUUCACAUCGUGCAGGACAAGCUAGAGCAUGAGGUUGCUCGUAAAAAGGAAAUGGAGAAAAAGCUAUCUGAGUUGCGAAAAGAAAUUUGUCGCCACAAUAAGUGUAUGCAACAGCAACAUCAACACCAUCAUGCAUACCACCAUCAUCAUCAUCAGCCUGCAGUGCCGGGGGGUGGUGGCGGUGGCGGUGGCGGUGGUCACGGUACGACAUCUUUGCCGCCGAUCGUGAAAAACUGCAUUGCGACCAAAUAG